AUGCCGCCCUCAUCUUCCUCCUCCAAACCCCCUCCCCUCCCCCUCGCCCCGGACCGCGCCGCCAUCUCCAACAAAAUCUCCCUCCUCCUCUCCAGCCGAACGUCUCUCCUCAAGACGCUCAAUCCGCCCUCAGCAGCGUCCCAAACAACAAACACUCAGCGCCGCCACCACCAAGCCAUCAGCUCAGACGACAUCGAGCAGCUCUUCUCCGGCCCGCGGCCAAACGAAGGCGUCGGGUACGUGCCGGACGCGAAAGCCGCCGCGGGGAAAGACGCCACUUCAAAGGAGGACCGCAUGCUGCGCGGACGGCUGUUGGGCAAGGGCAGGAAUCAAAAAGGUGGAAAGAAGACGGCAUUUGCUACGGAGAGCGAGAGUGAUGAGGAGCCUGGGAGGAGUGGACUAGGGAAGAGGAAGAGGCCGAGGAGGGAGGAAGUUGUCGCUGUUGCGGAAGAGCAGGUGGAUAAAGUGGAAGAAGAGGAGAAAGCUGCAAAUGUGGAAAUGGGCGAUGACAAGAGACAAGAUGCUUUUGUGGAAGAUGAGACUGGCGGCAGUGGUGGUAAUGAUAUUGAUGAUGACGAGAGAGAAAGGAACAAAAAGGAAAAAAAGAGGAAGAAGAGGCAAAGGGAGAAGCAGAAGCAGAAACAGAAACAAGCAAACCCUGGUUCUUGA